AACUUAUGUCAACAUGUUGAAAUCGUAUAAAAUCUACACUUGCACCAAUGGUGCAUUGGGUCUGCACUUGAGUCGGGCACCCUGGGAUCCUUAUCCCUGGGUGAGCAGCAUACAAAAAGAUUCUACUUCCUAUCAGGCCGGUCUGCGCAUUGGUGACUGUCUGCUCGAAUUGAAUGGCCAAGAUGUUUUGGGCAUGAAAAUCUCUCAGAUUGCAGCUCUUUUGAAAAAUCAUUGGCUUAAUGAGAGCAGCAAUUAUGUCACCGUUGUUAUAUGGCGUAAUAAAUGCAACAGUAAUGUUAACAGUGAAGAUGCAACAACUGAUGCCUGCAACGAAGGCAACAACAAUGAAAACGAUAAUGAUGAUGAUGAUGAAGAUGACGAAGAUGAGGAAAAUAAUGCACACAACAUUAAUCAGCAAUCGUUGCAAAAGUUUGCAACUUGCCUGCAACAUAUUGCCCAAUUAUUGGAAUGUCCUGUUUGCCUAGAGGUUAUAAAACCACCAGGAUGGCAGUGUUGCAAUGGUCAUGUUUUGUGUAAUAAUUGUCGCAGUCGCUCUGAAAAAUGUCCUGUAUGCCGUGUACCGUUGGGACCACGUGGUAGAUGUUUACUGUCGGAUAAAUUAUUUACUUUGUUGGCUGAUAGUUUUCCCUGUGAUGGCGUGCGCAGUAACAAAAAUUCACCAAAAGAUAGACGGAAAUGUAGUACGGAAUUUCAUAAUCAGCCAAAGAUGGCCAUUGUACAAAAGCACCAGCAGCAGCAACAGGAAAAAGAUGAACAACAGGGAGCCAAGAAAGCCAAAGAUUUUCUAUUAACAUCCUUAAGACACCGUAGAAGAAAAAUAUCCAGCUCUAAAUCGAGUCACGACGACAACAAUGACCCAGGGCAUGCAGGUGAGGCGAAAGAGGAAAAUAAACAUCCAUCAAUGCAAAAGCAGGCCAUGUAUGAAACAAAUGUUGUUGUUGAUGGCAGUACGAGUAGUAUUAAAAGGAAUAGUAAUAACCGGAAGUCAUCACCAGAUUAUAAUAGUGAAACUGGUAGUGGCCAUGUUAAGGGUGAUGUUGGUGUUGCUGUUCAAACAACAGCAACAAUGGCAACAACCUUUCGCUACGAUGAAUUGCUUGGACAAACAGCAACAAUACAACAAUGUCAUUGUAUAACGUGUUAUAAGCCAGAUAAAGUUGCAAUUGUAAAUAAUGUUACAACGGCAGCAGCAGCAGCAACAACUGCAGCUGCAUCACUAAAUAAAUAUAUAUUAAGGAUACCAAGUCAGGGACAACUGGAGAACAUGGUACAGCAGCAAUACGAGCAACAAUAUCAAAAUUAUCAGUGCCCAACUGGGAAAUUAUGUUGCUUGAAUGUGAACGUGAUGCCCCAUGCAACAUGUACGAGUACGAAUACGGCAACAACUACUACUAACACUCCCCUUCCUACUCCAAUGACUAAUAACAACUUGCCAACAACAGCAACGAAUGGCAAGCAGCAUCAGGUUAAUGGUUAUAAUUUCCAUAAAACCCUUAAACAUGAAUGGGACAUUUUAGCUCAUCUUACCGAAGAUCAUCAAUUACCAGUGCAACAGUAUUAUGCCGAAUAUGGCCAACGCCUACGAGUUCAGUGUCUCACCCAACAACACUCGCUAACCUGUCUUAAUCUCAAGGGAUCGGAUGAGACUGAUUCGAAUGUAGAAAAGUUCUUCAUAGCCUGUAUUCCUUUAGAAGUGAACUCGACGGCAGCCGCCUCAAAAGUGGCCAUAUUUAUGUAUCACAUGAAUUCUCUAGCCAACGCCACCACCACAACAAUCACAUCCGCCUCGACUUCCUUAGAUGAUGAGGUCAGCAAUUUCGAAACGAUUAUAGAAAAUCCCUUAACGGGUAUUAAAUGGUUUGGACGCGCUCAUCCCCUAACCACCCCCUGGUCGCACAUACACGAAAAACAACAUUAUCUACUGCACAACGUGUUGCAAAAUCAUUUGGCAGAUGCUGUCGGUAUGGGUGAAGCAGCCAUGAGCGGUGAUGAUGCAUUUGUGAUUGUUGUGAAAAGAAAAUUAGAAAUGAAAACAAAAAUCUAA